UUCGAUAGUGUCAUUAAACUUAUCAGCUUGGUCUCUCCGUCCAUCUCUGUGACAGCACACAGCUAGCCUCUCUUUUAUCGACAACAUUCGCUCUCACAAAAUCUUUUCAGAAUUCGACACGUCGCAUAUACACAAAAGUGCUCACUCAUACAUACAGACACACGCUCUCUACACACAUCCAACACAACCAAUACAGCACAUUUACGACCGGUCCAUCUUACACACAAGCGAUAUACGUACGACACACAAAUUCAACUCAUAAACCUUUAAACACCACAUACUCAACACAAAAAUCAGUCAAGAUGAAGUUCUCACUCCUCACCCUCGUUACCCUCAUCAGCGCCGCGUCCGCAAUCAGCGUCGACGCAGGCCUCAUCAAGAGACAAUGCAUCGCAGAAGGAGGUCUCUGCUUCACAAGCACCACGGAAGUAGACAAGCCCUGCUGCGGCGGCCUCAUCUGCAACACCGACCCCGCGCGCAACAACGCAAAUGUGUGCGGCAAGAAGCCCGCCGAGAAGAGGGACGUCGACGUUCCCAAGCCCCUGCCCGUACCGCGGGCCAUGCCUGAGAUUCCUCGCGAUGAGCCCAUCUGGGGAUAAGGUGGUGGACAACGGAGCCCAGGAGGGAAAGGGAAAUGUGAUGGCAGAGAGGAGAGACUUCUACUUGGGCCGUUUACUUUUGGCCGACAAAGCGUAUGAUUAUGAUCCUUUUUAUUCUUCUUUCGACGAUUUCAACCACAAUGGUUUGGUUGCUAGGGACGGGGGAC